CUGAAACAGUACCACAGAAUAGAAAACUAUGUAAAAUAAAGGAGUAAUGCAUGUCUGUGAUUAGUUGAAUACAUAAGAAAUUCUCAGAUUCUCACUAUCCUGGCAUUUUUCACAGCACUGUUUAAAGUGAUAGGACCUCAUCACCCCAUCUCUGCUGAGGUUGGUGAGGACGUUGUGUUACCCUGUCACCUGUCCCCCAGGAGGAGUGCUGAGGACAUGGAGGUGAGAUGGUUUCGGUCUAAGUUCACUUCCUAUGUGCACCUGUAUCGAUAUAGGAAGGAUCAGUUCGACCAGCAGAUGCCUGAAUAUCAAGGAAGGACGGAGCUUUUGAAAGAUGGUUUCACCAAUGGAAGUGUUGACUUGAAAAUUGCCAGUGUCCAACUCUCUGAUGAGGGGCAGUACACCUGUUUUAUUCAGGAUGAUGUCAUUACUGAGGAGGCCCAAAUGGAAAUAAAGGUGACAGAUCAUUCUUCCCAGAAGGUACCCGCUUGGAUAGUGGUCCUAGGUGUGAUCAUGGUGGUUUUGUUUGGUGUCAUUAUCCUGACUGUUUAUUUCUCUAAAAGAAAAGGGAAACAUGUGAAAGAAGUUGGCUGGAGAGAACUUGCUGCACUUCUAAAGGAAGGUAAUAAAACAUGAAAUAUCCUUUAUCAGUAUCCACGUAAGAGAAUGUGGCCCCUUUUCCUUGUAUGUGAAAGUGGAUAACUGAAGGCAUAUCGCAAGGUCUCCUGCCAUUCACUACACACUGUGAUGAGAGGCAGGUUUUGUGGCAUGACAUGGCACAUCCAGGCGUUAUCACAUCUCCUCCUCUUCCUCUGCUGGCACAUGCACUACUACCUGAGGGGAUGUCUGGCAGCAUGUUUCAGAGUUACACAGGGCAUGUGGGGCUCACACCUCCUACACAGCCAGGCCCUGCUCUGUCUCUGCAAAUGUUCAUCCCCUUUUGGCUUCUGCUCUGCUCUUCCUCUCACUCUUUCUCACUACUUGCUGCCUGGGAGAGGGACAGAGGCACACUUCGUGAAGGAGAAACAGAGUGAAUCAGUAAUGUAACUAGGGAUGGAUAAGUAGGGCACCAGCCUCAAGUAGUCUCCUAAUAAGAGAUUGAUUUAGAAGGAGUGCAAGAAUGAUAAAAAUGCUGCUAAAAAUGC